AUGAGACAAAGUGUCCAGUUGUUGAAAGCAAUGAUUUCCAAUACGAGAGCACAUCCGACUGCUGUCAAUUCCUUCAAUGCAAAUCAUGUGUCCUACGACCAAUUACGCCCCACGUAUCCGGAUGCAAUCGUGAGAGCAUUCACAGACAACAUGAAUAUUUCCAAAGAGAGUCAGAUCUUGGAGAUCGCUGCUGGGACAGGGAAGUUCACUGCAAAAUUGGUUGACCGUGGUAUGAAAAAUAUUAGAGUUGUUGAACCAUCACGAGGCAUGUUGGACAGCUUCAUCGAGCGUUUUCCAGAGAUAGAGGCUAUCCAAGGUUCUUCUUACGGCAUUCCCCUACCAGAUUCAUCUGUGGACGCAAUUAUAGUUGCCCAAGGUUUCCAUUGGUUUAGUGACACAGAGUCCUUAAAGGAAAUGAGAAGAGUAUUAAAACAAGGUGGCCGAGUUGGGUUUAUCUGGAAUUUCGAUGGGGAGUCGGAAAGCCAAAAACUCGCAGAAAACACCAGUUAUGAAGUUGUAGGUGACUACAAGAUCAACAGCCAAAACCCUUACGAAUACGCCCGAAAAAUAUUUAACCACGAUAAAUGGAACCAUGAAAUCGUCAAUUUUAUUUAUUCUUUAGACAAAGGCGUUCCCCAAUACCGACACGGAAAGUGGAAAGAGGUUCUAAGGAAUAACGAUUAUUUCAAGCCCAUAAGCAAAGAGAUAUUUCAAUUUUAUCGUAUCCCCAUCAAAUACAACGAUGUAUACAAGUAUUGGGAAACAAGAUCUUACAUUACCGACCUUCCUGAAAUUGAGAGGAAAGAGAUCGAAGAAAGGGUUUUCGAUACCUUAAAUAAAUAUGUCACUGAAGAUGAGGUGAGAACUAUAAAUGGAGAACAAUUUCUUGAGAAGUAUAUGGGCACGCAUGCGGUUAUCAUCGAUCCAAAAUAA